CAUCGACGCAGAAUGCGAGGAGUUGGGCGUUGCCGCGCUUGGCGGUGGCCGUCAACUGAAUGCCGAGGCGAAGCGUCGAGAGAUAAUGCCAUGUAUCGAAGGGUGCACGGAAGGCUCUCACACUUGCCACUUUCCCAAUUCGCAACACGUCCAUCUGCGAGACAAGCUCAUCCAGUGCGCCGACAUGUUCGGCAAGCACUGCGCAGCUCACGUCGUAUGGGUUCGCCUGCAGUCCUUCAAGAGCUCGAUCAGCAGCACUUGGCGAAUGAGGAGCGCGGAGAAAAUGGCGGCAUACGACACAGCUCGCAUGACAAAGGGCGAAGCGAUCAAGGUCAUGGAGCGCCUUGGAGAGCUCAAGUCGUCCAUGUACCGCGCCGUCCUUCCAGGCGAGUGGGACUACGAGACCAUCGAGACCAUUCUGCGCUCGAAUGCGACUUCAGCUGAGCAGACGGCAAUGCUGUGCGAAGUCUGCCCGCUGGGCGAACACCUCGACCUUCAACAGUCGUCGCCUACGCCUCGCACGGUACCCUUCGGCGUUGAAGCACUGGCUAGUCGCAGCAUCUUCAAGGCAUCGAUCGACCUUUGGCAACAGUACGACCUCAGGACUGGCAAGCCCAUCGGUCAUCUCUUCGAUGCAUGCAGGCGGCUCCCAAACUGGCUGCAGAUGUCAAAGGCCUCUGGACUCGGCUUCGUGACCAUCGCCAUCAAGGUCCAAAUGUCCCUUCACGCCCUCGACGAUGCGACGACUCGUCCUCUCACAGAUCGCCUCUCGUCGCUGAUUACGGCGUCAAGGAGGCCGACAAGAAGUACCGAUCGGGAGCGACUGCCGAGCUGACGAAAGAUGAGUGCCUGAUCGCCGCUGCCGCCACCGCGCUUGUCGACGCAGAGCCGGAUCUGGACCCGAAGCAGAUCAACGCCAGCCUCAGCCCCCUCCUGACGUCAUGCGGCCAGCACUCGCCACAGCCGUCGAUCAGCAAUCGUCUUGGUCCUACAGC